UAAUAGUCUGAAUUAACCAGAAUCUACGAGCCGAUCGAGAGGGCCUGCCAGACUCUCAGACUUGUAUUUUCAAAGCUUUAAACUAAAGAGAAGAAAACUUGUGAAGAUGUGACCACUUCAUUAGGAGGAGUGCGGUUCUUGGACUUAACGGUGUCUUCUUUUCCUCACGGAUCAAGUAUGGAAAUGAGGACCAAACACUUCUUCGUUUGGCAUUGAUGAGACGAUAUCCAUCUUGAUUCAAACAGUGUUUCUCCUAUCCCGCUCCUUUUGUAGAAGAUGGCCUGUUUGGAUGUAGAGAACCCGUGGGGACUGGUGAUCAUUGCCUCGGCUUUCUGGAUCCAGUUCAUGGCUUUCGGGAUGGCGACCUCGUUUGGCGUGUACAUUGUGGAACUUCUCCAUCAUUUUGACGUCAGCUUGGCUUUCAUCUCUCUCAUUGGUUCCAUCAAUGUCGGGAUCUUCCUAGGAGCGGGUCCCCUGGCCAGCAUCCUGAUGAGGAAGAUGUCGUACCGCCGAGUCUGUUUCCUGGGGGCCGUACUCAGCACCUGUGGCCUCAUUGUCCUGCCCUUCACCAUGAACAUGAUCUUCCUUCUCUUCUUCUAUGGCAUUGUCACAGGUCUCGGCUAUUGUUUGUUAUACGUGCCUUCCCACACAAUGUCCGGCCUGUACUACGACAAACACAGAAGUUUAGCCACGGGGGUGGCGACCGCAGGGUCGGGGCUCGGGGGGAUAGUGUUCCCCAAUCUAGUCCAGUACCUCAUUGACGAGUAUGGAUGGAGGGGGUCAUUCCUCGUAGUCGCCGGAAUCAACCUGAACGCGUUUGUGUUUUCCGCACUGCUCCGAGAUUCUCCGUUGCAAAAGAAGCAGAAAGCGAAAGAAAAGCUGGCCAUAGAGCUUAAGGAAAUCAAAAGAAACGAAUCCUCAAGUCAGUUUGAAAAAGAAAGCCUUAUCAAAGAUGUGAAUGCUUCUGAAUUGGUUUUAGAUAUACUCGUCGCAAAGGAAAAGUCACCAGAGAAAAACGGAACAAACGGGAAGACCGAAGCCAACGGCGUGAAUAUUAGUGCCGUAGAACGCCAGUCUCUUCUGACUAGCCAAUCUCCGGACGAGGACGUGAAUUCGAACUCCAUACUGUCCGUGAUGUUGGCUCUUUUGAAGAAUGUUCCAUUCUGCAUUUUUGUUGUCAACAACGUGUUGUGGAAUUUUGGAACCGUGAUUCCUCUAAUCCUGGGCCCCGAAUACUUCACGACCAUCGGUUUCUCUCAGAAAGAGUCGGCCACUCUGAUCUCUCUUUUUAGUGGCGGAUCUUUCGUGGGCUGUGUGUUAGGAGGCGUAUUCGGAAACAUACCAAAGAUCAAUCGGAUCUACCUUUUCAUUGUUGUGAAUUUAGGCGUAGGAAUCGUGGGACUUUUUAUUCCUUUAGAAAUAGCUCAUUCCAUGGUUGGGUUAGCGAUCGUGGGGGUUAUAUGGGGGACUAUGUUUGGUUUAAUUUUAGGACUUUUGGUUGUGGUCACAGCAGAUCUAGUGGGGAUCCACUACUUAGGGGACGCAAUGGGGUUCCUGAUGUUAGCCAACGGAGUCGGUUGUAUAAUUGGUCCACCGAUAGGCGGUUGGAUCGGAGAGGCCACGGGUUCGUCCGCCGCUGCCUUCUAUGUCUCGGCGUUUACAGUUAUUGUCUCAGGGCUCCUCAUGGCCAUCAUUCCUGUGUCAAGGAAGGUCUGCAAAACUCCAUCGAAGAAGGAACAGGACUUCACCACAGAAGUAGCUAUUCCUGUCGGAUAGUUGGGUUAUAUAUUAUAAAUACGUUUAUAGAUUUGUUACUUAAUUACAACUUGGUGCUGUUGUAAAUCUUGUGAUAUUUUUAUGGACUUUUAUUAAUGUAUCACCUUGUUUUUAGUACGUUCCAUUUUGUGUUUGGCGGUAAUGAUUGAAGUCAUUUGUUUGCCAACAGUUUUCGCCCUAAGCUUCUAUGUGCUACUUUUUACAGUUUUUAAAAGUAUUUUUUUUUGUUUUGCAUUCUUACUUAGGGGAGAUACUUAAUAAAGUGGUAUUUUUCUUUUUUACUAUUAAAUGAAACCAGUGAUUAA